UACUAAACCACUGACCUUUGCAGACUGCAUUAGUGAUGAAUUGCCAUUAGGAUGGGAAGAAGCUUAUGAUCCUCAGGUUGGAGUUUAUUACAUAGACCACAACACCAAAACUACACAGAUAGAAGACCCUCGUGUGCAAUGGCGACGGGAGCAGGAGCAUAUGCUGAAAGAUUAUCUUGUCCUGGCCCAGGAGGCGAUUGCUGCACAGAAGGAGAUCUAUCAAGUGAAACAGCAGAGGCUUGAAUUGGCCCAGCAAGAAUAUCGGCAGCUGCAUGAUGUUUGGGAGCACAAACUGGGCUCUCAGACCAGCUUGCUCUCUGGCUCAUCAUCAAGUUCCAAGUAUGACCCAGAGAUCCUCAAAGCGGAGAUUGCUACUACAAAAUCUAGGGUUAAUAAACUCAAGAGAGAAGUAGCUCAUAUGAAGCAAGAGCUCCAGUACAAAGAGCAUGGAUUUCAAACACUGAAGAAAAUUGACAUGAAAAUGUCUGAUACUCAAGGUGGCUACAAACUUGAUGAGGCACAAGCCAUUUUAAGUGAAAUGAAAGCUCUCAAGAAGGCCAUCACAUCAGGGGAGAAGGAAAAACAAGACCUCAUUCAGAGCUUAGCCAGGUUAAAAGACAGCUUUGUGAAUGACAGAGGAUCCCAGUCAGACCUGUGGGCCAGCUGCAUGUCUGUGGAAAGCUCCAGCCCUUUGAUACCCCGGCAGUACCUGGAUGUUAGCUCCCAGACGGAUGUUUCAGGAAAUUUUAUUACCAGCAGCAAUAACCAGUUGGCUGAGAAAGUGAGAUUACGCCUUCAAUAUGAAGAAGCAAAGAGAAGAAUAGCAAACCUGAAAAUACAACUGGCUAAGCUUGACAGCGAGGCCUGGCCUGGCGUGCUGGACUCUGAGCGAGAUCGUCUAAUAUUAAUUAAUGAGAAGGAGGAGCUCUUAAAAGAAAUGCGAUUUAUUAGCCCCAGAAAAUGGACUCGAGGAGAGGUGGAGAGACUGGAGACAGAGAGAAGGCGCCUAGAGGAAGACCUUCAGGCUGCUAGAGACACUCAGAGCAAAGCUCUAACUGAGAGAUUGAAGUUGAAUAGCAAAAGAAAUCAGCUAGUCCGAGAACUGGAAGAAACAACACGAUUAGUUGCAAUGUUGCACACUCAGCUGAAAAGUCUCUCCACCAGCAUGCUUUCCCUCUCCUCGAGCAGCAGCCCUGGUUCUCUUGCAUCUAGCAGAGGAUCUCUUGCCACCUCUAGCCAGGACUCAUCCACCUCAGCCAGUUUCACUGAUCUCUACUACGAGCAGUUGGAGCAGUUGGACUCGGACUAUCAGAACCAGCUUGACUUGCUCUUAGAAGGAGCCACUGGAUUUAGACCGUCAGGCUGUAUCACCACUAUUCACGAAAACGAAGUAGCGAAAACUCACAAAGCAGAUACCACCAGUCGCAUACAGGUCCUGAGAUCAUUGUCUGGUACUCCAAAAUCCAUGACAUCACUAUCUCCAAGGUCAUCUCUCUCUUCUCCAUCUCCACCUUGCUCUCCACUGGUGAUAGACCCACUCCUAACUGGUGAUGCUUUUUCAAGCCAUAUGGAUUUUGAUGAUGCAGAGAUAAGUACAAAUCUCUCAGAACUCACCCUAAACACUGGGAGUGGCAACUGUAGACUGGAAGAGCCUAGAGCAGGAGAUAAACAUCUAGGUCAAGGUAUAAAUACAGCUGGAGGGACGGCACUGAAGGUGGCGUGUGUGUCAGCUGCAGUGUCUGAUGAAUCUGUCGCUGGAGAUAGCGGGGUAUAUGAGGCGUCUGUACAAAGACCAUGUGUGUCAGAAGUAAUGGUGUUUGACAGUGAUGAUACAGAAGCAGUUGGGACAGCUAAAGUGCAAAUUGCAAUGAGAUAUGAUGACAAAAAUAAACAAUUUGCAAUACUGGUCAUCCAGCUGAGUAAUGUUCCAGCACUGCUGUUACAACAAGAUCAAAAAGUGAACAUUCGCGUGGCUGUCCUGCCCUGUUCAGAAAGCACAAGCUGCUUGUUUCGCACAAGACCAGUGGAAGCUUCAGACAAUCUUGUGUACAAUGAAGUAUUUUGGGUUUCUAUCUCUUACCUGGCUUUACGCCAGAAAACUUUAAGAGUCGAUGUUUGCACUGUAGAUAAAUCUCACCUUGAAGAAUGUUUG